AUGACCGACCAACCUGCCCUCGACGUCGACAAGAAGACGUCAAAGAGGCAAUACUCCCCCUCUCAUAUCACCUUCGAGACAUUCCAUGACCUCCUCCAACGCUACCAAUCCACCGUAGAGGCGGUCCUCCGCCAAAGAGAAACCGCCAAAGCCACCAAGAAACCCAAACCAACAUCAACAUCAAAAUCCAAAUCCAACCCCAACCCCAAACCCCAGCCUGCACCAGCGGAUACUGAAUCCCCCAUCGAAACCGCCAUAAUCACCUACCUCGCCCUCGACAAAUGGCGCUACGAGAUCCUCCCCGCGACUCUGCGCGCGCGCUCCCCACAGCCGCCAUCCCUAACCCAUGACGAACUGGUCCAGCUGAUGCAGUGGAAGUUGAAACAUGGCGUCUUCCGGCCCGCGCUCCUGGGUAUGGUGCGCUCGAACCCCGCGGAGCGCGUGCGCGAUGCGACGGCGCGCGCGUUUGCGUUGCUGGUGGAGGAGUCUGGUUCUGGGUCUGGGUCUGCGUCUGCGUCUACGCCGACAGGGGCGUCUACGGCUAGUGCUACAGAGACCGGGGCGGGUGAUGGUGAUGCUGGGGAUAGGGCCUUCCCCGCCGCCGCGUUAGAUGCGCUGGUCAAGCCGCUGCGGGGUGUGGGUCCUGCGACGGCGUCGUUGGUUUUAUCUGUUGCGUCGGCGGCGGCGGCGGCGUCUGCUGGGGAUGAUGUUGGUGCUGGUGCUGGUGCGGACGUGGACGUGGACGUGGACGUGGACACACCCUUCUACAGCGAUGAUGUUUACCUCUGGCUUUGUCUGGGUGGGUUCCCCGGCGGUGAUGCCGGGGCGGCGCGGUUUGUGCGGCCGAACGGCGAACUCAGCGUGAAGUACAAUGUGGCUGAGUAUCGGCAGCUUUGGAGGGAUGUAUUGCGACUGCGGAGGAGGCUGGGUUGUAAGGUGGUGUCGUGUGCGGAUGUUGAGAAGGUGGCGUUUGUGGUGAGGCAUCUUGAUGUUGAUGUUGAUGUCGAUGUGAGUUCUACGGAGGGGAUUAAGGGGGUACGAGGGAAGAAGAGAGAAGGAGAAGGAGAUGUGGCAGAGGAGCAGCUGGGGAGAGGGAAGAGGAGGCGCUGA